AUGGCAGCAACCCAAGUCACUGGAAAAUGGACCAAGGUCCUCGACGCAGAGCUUCUCCAACGGUCAUCCCAAGUACUCGCCGUGGUUGAUAACGUGGCCCACGUUUUUGGAGGAGAGCUACGACCCCGCGAACCCCGCGAUAAUGACGUCCAUACAAUCGCCCUGAAUGGCACGAGCUCAACAUCAACUAUCGCCAAACCAGCAACAUCAGAGAUCCCCUCCCCGCGGGUAGGAUCCGCCUGCACAACCCUCAGCAAGAAGAUCUACCUCUUCUCCGGCCGCGGCGGCGCCGCCAUGGCCCCCAUCGACGAAGCCGGCGCAGUCUGGGAAUUCGACCCCCAGACAUCAGCCUGGACGCUCAUCCAACCCACAUCAGCAAUCCACCCCCCACCGCGCAGCUACCACUGCAUGACCAGCGACGGCACCGACACGCUCUACCUGCACGCAGGCUGCCCGGAAAGCGGCCGUCUCUCCGACCUCUGGGCCUUCCGUCUCUCCACCCGGGAAUGGACUCCGCUGGCGUCCGCGCCGGACCCCCCGCGCGGAGGUACCUCGAUUGCUUUUGCCGACGGCGCGCUGUACAGGAUGAAUGGAUUCGACGGGAAGACGGAGCAAGGCGGCAGCGUGGACGUGUACGCUCCAGAAGCGAACGCCUGGUCGUCUUAUCGGUUUGUGGCGGAUGGGGUGAGUGGGCCUGAGGCGCGGAGCGUCAGCGCGCUGCUUUCUGUGCGGGUUCGGGGUCGGGUGGCGUUGGUGACGCUGUUUGGGGAGAGGGACCCUAGUGCUUUGGGCCAUCAGGGGGCGGGGAAGAUGCUGGAUGAUGUGUGGGUGUUUGAUGUGGAGGAGCGCUCUUGGAGGAGGGUAGAUGCGCAGGGUAGUGAGACGCCGUGUGCUCGUGGGUGGUUUGCUKAUGUGUACGGUGAGAAUGCGAUUGUCGUGCAGGGAGGGUUGGAUGAGUCGAAUGGGCGGUUGGGGGAUGUUUGGAUUCUCUCGUUCUAG